AUGGGUUACCGCAUUGGGGGACCCUGGGGCUCCGCUCCGCCCGAUGCGGCGAAGAAGCGGCUUCAGGCCAAUCGCGCGGAUGAGAAUCGCUUCGUGACGACCUACAACAAAACCUUCUGCUUGUCAAAGUCGCAGUCAGCCACAAUGGUGAACCCGCCCAAGAAGAUGCUGCUGCCGCAGAUUGGUGGCGAUGUGCAGAACGCUCCGUUCAAGGGCGCGCCAACUCCCGCAAACACGAUCAACCCGAUUGCGACAAUGUCCAUGACGAAGUCCAUGACCAAAUCGCUCUCAAACAGUUCGCUACAACUGGCAGGCCGUGCACUCUCGACAGACGUCUUGAGGAUGAACGCUUCCUACGAAGAGGUGACUGGCACUCUGAUGUUGAAAACCUUCAAGAACAGAGAUAUGCGUCGAAAGUGCCUUGAGCUCCUGGCAAGACCUGACCUUAGAGACAUCGCGCAGGACCUUUUCAAGCAGGCCGACGCCGACAGUAGUGGCGAGUUGGAGUUCCCAGAAAUCCAGAAGGUGCUGGAGAGGCUGCAUGACGAGAUGGACCUGCCGCUGCCGAAUCGGGAUUUGGUCGAGUCGUUGCUCAAGCGCUUCGACACCACUGGGAGGAAGGUCCUGGGGCAAUAUGAUUUUUACGAGUUACUGGUGUCGCAGCUGCGGCGUAGCGCCUUCGACCGCGGAUCUGUGCUUGGAAGGGAGUUCUUCCUGACCAAAGGUAAGCAGGAUGUGUGGGAGGUCUUUCGCCGCGAGAAGCAAUUGGGCACCGGCUCCUUCGGAACUGCCUACAAGGCCAAGCAUAUCAAGACUGGCGAGGAGCGAGUGAUCAAGGCAGUGAAGAAGAGCCGCACGGCUCUACCACUCGAUGAGAUCGAGCAGGAGAUCCUAAUCAUGAGGCAAAUUGACCAUCCGAACAUCGUCCGUCUCUUUGAGUGGUACGAAGAUGGAAAUCGGAUUUAUUUGGUCUUGGACUACUUGAAGGGCGGUUCCCUGAAAGAUGUCGUUUUGCAGCUCAACAAGAAGGACGAAAGAGGCCUUAAAGAGGCCUGGAUCCGUGAGGUCAUCCAGCAGUCUGCUGGGGGUCUGGCUUACUGUCAUGCGCUUCGUCUGAUUCACAAAGACUUGAAAGACGAGAACAUUAUGCUGCUGCAGAAGUCAGCCAACUGGGAGAAGCCUCAUGUGGUGAUCAUCGACCUCGGCGUCGCGGAGAUGUUCUCCAUUGCUGACCCUGCGGGUCGCAUGAUUGGCGGAACACCCACGACUAUGGCACCAGAGGUCUGGAUGGGAACAUUUGGCCCUAAAUGCGACGUGUGGUCACUGGGGUGCAUCAUGUUCGAGCUCUGCACCGGCUCGCUUCCCUUCAUGGCCGCCACGCUGCAGCCCAGUGCCUGGACGCGACUCCACAAACGUGGACCGAAGUGGGAUGAUAUGAAGACUUGUGCCGACAGCAAGGUACUGUGCAAAGCCAUGCUGCAGUAUGAUGAAGAGCAGAGACCUUCAAUGACACAAAUCUUGGGGUUCCCAUACUUCGCGAUUGCAGCCCACGAGCUGAAGUUUGUGCCACCGGAGAAGUUCGCCAGCUUUCUGAAUGCUCACAAAAUGCACCGAGCAAGGCAGGGGCUCCUGCUGGAAAUCGCAGCCCGAUUGCCAUUCCGACGCGCUGGCGAGAUCAUUCGCAUGUUUUCGGAAGUUGACGAAGACAAAACCGGCACGAUUACUCUUGAUGAGCUCAUGGCCUAUUUUACAAAAGUCGGCAUCCACGACGAGGACCUGGACAAGACGUUUGCCACCCUUGAUGUUGACAAGGAUGGCCAGCUGUCCUUCAGCGAAUUUGCUGCUGGUGCACUGCUACUUUACCAAGAUGCCCUGGAAGACGAACUGCAUUAUUUGUUCGAGACUUGCGACAAGGACAAUGAUGGCAUACUCAACACCCACGAGGCCGAGACGUUCCUGAGCAGUGUUCGUGCUGCCACCGACCUGGGUGGCAGAGUCUCGUCCAGAACCGAGGCCUUCUUGCAAAGUGGGCAGAUCAGCUUCCAGCAGUUGAAGGAUUUCUUGAUGGCGCCGCUGUCCUCUCGACCUUCAAGCGCAGCGUCCUCCCGCCUCUCGAGCCGAACUGGCUGA